AAGAGUUUCCGCAUAGAAACGACUGCGGCGCCAUGGCAACAGCGCUUCUCUGCGUUCUGUGCGUCGUGUUCUGUGCGACUUCAGCGCAAAACUUCAAACUAAAGUUUAAAUCAGCGACAAAACCGGUUCGAUUAUUUACUGAAGAGGAACUGAGGAGGUACGACGGCAGCGAGGAGGCUCAGCCCGUGUACAUGGCCGUGAAAGGAGUCGUUUUCGAUGUCACCCGAGGGAAAGAGUUCUAUGGUAAAGAUGCUCCGUACAACGCGCUGGUGGGAAAGGACUCCACUCGGGCCGUGGCUAAGAUGAGCCUGGACCCGGCCGACCUGACAUCAGAUACUAGCGGCCUCAGUGAGGAGCAGCUCACGUCUCUGGACAGCGUCUUCGAAGGAACGUACAAGAGCAAGUAUCCCAUCGUGGGCUACACGGCGUCACGCAUCCUCAAGGACGACGGGAGUCCGGACGAGGACUUCAAACCAGAGGACCAGCCGCACUUUCAAAUCAAGGACGAGUUUUAACCUCAUUUCCUGUAGUUAAGUCAGGUAGUCUUAUUGUGAAGGGGUUUCUAUGGGCUUUUUUAAAACUAUUUUCUGUUUACUUCCAAGUGCAAUAACUGUAAAGACGAAUAAAAUACGAUUGACAUUC